AUGUUAAGCCGUGGCCAGAUGUAACGAAAGUAAGGCGGAUUUUCUUGCAAAUUUUUGCCUCAUGCGGAAAUACCUUUUGUGAUGCAGUUUAUUAGAAAUAUUUUUUUUGCACAGAAGAGCUACGCUUUUGUCGACUGUCAUCAAUUACCGAGUGUGGUACAUUUGACCGCAGUAUAAUGUAAUGAAUACCGUAAUAUCAGAAGUGUAGUGUAAAAAUGCAACACCGGACGGAAAGGAAUUGAAAACUAGUGCUGUGGUGUUGCCAAGUUAUUAAUGAUAUUAAUCAACUCAACGUGCACAACUGUGUUCACUUGUGUCGGCAGAAUAAUUAACUAUCAGUCGUCGCUAUCCCUUCAUCACCCGGUUUAAUCGAAGCUGCAAUAGUGUGCCAGCUAUCGGUCAGCAUAAAAUCUUCACCUUCUGGGCAUAAUUAGCUCCAGAUUGCAGGAAUUCCUGUGCAAUGGUUUGCUGUUCCUGUGAUAGUGUUUUCGACGCUGUUUCACGCUGAUAGUGUAUUUUUGUUCCCGUGUCUGUGUUGUCCCGCUGGAAGCAGGGUGUGAAAAGGGGGAAAUCGUACAUGUGAUACAGAGGGGGUACGGUACACACGAUCAAAGUACAGCACGAUGUGCAAAGGCGUAAACAGUAGCGAACAUAUCUCACGUACAUACAUCCCAGUGGCUUAGAAAAGUGAAGAAAGUGAUUGUGAAACGUCUAAUACCAUAUAUACGCUGACCAGAAGGAAAUUGCUUUAAGCUGUGCAAGCAGCAAUAAUAUCUGUCAUUGAUCCAGUACAAAAAAAAGGAAAAGAAAAACGUCGUGCAGCCCAACGUAAGGAUACGGGACGCUUUUAAUUCGCACACGGAAUUGUGUUAAAACCACCUACAUCAGCAUGACGUCGCAUUGGGAGGAUUUUUAUGCUAAGCAUCUACCACCGAACUGUUUCGAGGACAACCGAUCGCUGCUGAAGGAAUUUUGCGACCGCCACUACAAACUCAAGAGUCACAUCGUGCUCGUUACGUCAGGUGGUACGACGGUUCCACUGGAGCACAACACGGUGCGCUUUGUGGAUAACUUCAGCGCUGGCAAUCGUGGUUCUGCCUCGGCCGAGUACUUUCUUGAGCAUGGCUAUGCCGUUAUAUUUAUGCAUCGGACCAAAUCACUGGAGCCGUUUUCGCGCCACUUCACCGGCCAGCAGCUGCUCGAUAUGCUGGAGCUACACGAGGAAGGCAUGAGCACCACAAUUACCGUAAAACCGGACUCCGUGGAUGUGCUGGCUCCGGUGCUGGACAAGUACAAAAAUGCCCAGGAAACUCACCGGAUGCUAUACAUCACCUUUACCAGCGUGGUCGACUACAUGUGGCUGUUGCGGGCGGCCUGCGAAUCGUUGGCACCGUUCGAGCGGAAUGCGGUGCUGUUUUUGGCUGCGGCAGUUUCCGACUUUUACGUACCGCAGGAUGAGAUGCCAACGCACAAGAUCCAGUCCGGGCAUGGGGCGCCCACGAUAUCGCUACAGCUCGUGCCAAAAAUGUUGGCCCCACUCGUGAGCCUCUGGGUGCCACACGCGUACGUCGUGUCGUUUAAGCUGGAAACGGACGAAGCGCUGCUGAUUGCCAAGUCGCGCGAAAGUUUGAACAAGUACAAGCACAAGCUAGUGAUCGCCAAUAUACUGCAGACGCGCAAGAAUCGCGUUGUUUUCGUGACGCCCAGCAGCAACUAUGAGAUUGUGCUGACCAAGGAUCAGGCGCUGUCCGGGCUCGAAAUAGAAGAACCGAUCGUGGCCGAUGUGGUUCGGCGGCAUCAGGACUACAUUCGGGAGUCGGAGCAACAAACGCACCAAUGACCCGCGCGUUCGACCCGACCGUCGCCCAACAGUGGGCCCGGGACGCAGGUCGAUUGUCACGUCACGUUACCGCAUUUCUGCAAAGUGUUGAACCCGGGCCGGAAGUACUAGCUGCUGGACGGGAAGCUCAAUCUCUAGCCGCUGGCUUACGGAGUCGCAAUUGGUGAAACCUCUCUUUUCUUCUUCUUCCUCUCUAUCACUCUCUUUCUUUUUCUCUUUCUCUCGCUCUUCGUGCAAUGGGGAUUUCGAAUUGGAAAAGUGAAGGACUACCUUAUGUUGGGGAUGGUUUAAUUUAAUUCGCACUAUUACUAACGUUGGUUUAGCUUUCACUAACGUUAUCAAAUUCCCUUGGAAACGUGUAACAGGUCCGGCGGUUGUUAACUAUUGUUUAUUUAAUUAGCUUUUAGAGUGCGGUGGAAAGCGCACAUGUAGUACAUUCCAUCGUUUGCGUUAAGUUUAUCUUCCAGGGUAUGUGGUAAAGCUUUUAUUUGAGCGGUUGAAUGAAAGAUUUACGAUCUUGUUCUGCUCGAUAGUUGGUUUGGCUGUUGUUUCACAAAUUGCUUUACUUUGCGACAUGUGUUCAUUACAAAUUGUGUGCAGUUGUGUUCUGUUUAAACUAGAAAUUCCUUUAAAACGGUAAAAUGUUUCAAUAGCAUAAAUCGUUACUGCAAAGAGACGAAAUUAGACGGUGAAACAACAGAAGAUGUUAGGGAUAUUAGGCCUUGCGAUGAAGAAAAGGACACGGUUCCAACUGUUCCAUAUUACAUGGUUAAAAUCACUAGAGAGAAUACAAUCCACAACAAAAACCCAAACAUUCACUUGCAUGUUGGCACCUUCCUCUUAUAGACGGUAUCGUCAGUUCCUAGCUAAUAGCAAGAGGUUCCCAGAUAUCCUUUAUGUUGCUUUCAGCGUGGAUUAUCCAGCACGUUUCGCGUGUGGCCCGAAAGUAGAUACGUCUGCAUUUAAAUUAGCAACGCAUCAUACAUGCUUGCAUCAGGUUUGUAGGCUCGAUUAUUGUUGGUAAAUAAAGGUGGCAAACUCUCGACACUUGUACGUUGGUAUAUUGUUUUUCGUUUUGUUUCGAAGGUUUUUACAAUACAUUGAACACCGGUAGUGAAUAUCCAAAUAAUGCUACUACGCAUCCAAGUUAACAAAUAUUUAGAAAACUGACUUACAGCCCGUUAUACGAAAUGUGUGCAUACUUUAGAAGAAAUCCACCGUAGUAAGGCAAUUAGCAGGACAUUAACGCCUCUCGAUCAGUGAGCUUACUAGCCGGAACUAUCCCGAAAUGGAUGUAUGGCUAAGAUACUCAUUUUUGUAACCCUUCUACCGGGUCGAGAAGUGUAUCACAUACAGACAGGAUUCCUACUACAUUUUAAUGAAAGCAGCCAGCAACACGUAGUUCAGUAAUGUGUAAGAAUUUAGCAAACGGAAUAUGUGCUACUCCUCCUUCCCACCAACCGUAAACAGUGACAUUACCAUACACCCUAACUUAAUAGACCUAACGGUAGUGUGCAUGUGGCUAACCAAGAAACAUUAGUGUGUUUCGGCUGCGUAGAGGAAACAUGUUCCGGCGGAAAGUAGUGCUCCCGGCAACUAGAAUCCCGCAAAGAAGGGUGGUAACUUUUACAGGACGAAAUAAAUAUACAGAGAUGUGGCUGUAUGGGAUGUUUGGGAAACAUUUAAAAUGUUGUUAAGAAUGGAUGUUCAUCAAUAUCAUCGUAUAUACACCGCGAUCGGGAACACAUAAGGUGCCUCCUUUUAGACUAUUAAAUCGAAACUAAUUUGGAAUUAGUUGAAAACGAACUCUCCAGUGACGAUAUCAUCCUCCAUUAUGACAUACACCGUAACAUCUUAUUUAUACAAAGUUUCUUUCUUACACACCUUUCAAGUUAAGUUCCCGUUAACUAACUGCAAUGUCUUAUAGGAAAAACAUAUAGGAAAACUCCCGCACCUCGCAGUCGAAGGUGCUAAUGAAACAAGACAGUCGUAUCAACAACCACUUACCACUUGCGUUUACAUAUCACCCAGAUAUACACUGGAGAACAAUAUACUAGAAAUAUUCAAAUGCAAACCAAGAACAAUAAAAAAAACAAAAGAAGAUUAACUCUGCAUUUUGCUAUGAACAACUCCAGCAAAUUAAAAAGCAUUUUAUAACCAAAACAGUCUAUAUUUUUAAUCAUGUUUAGUAGUUUUCUUACAUAAAUCGACCGAUAAUGAGUUUAUUAUUUUUUUUAAUGUGUUCCUUUUGGAGUGAAAUAAAAGAUGUGGAAAGAUAUUUCCCUAAAUGAUGUACUGGUUUAGCGAUCGCGUGGCAAACAGUGUUAGAAUAGAAAAUAGGAUAACAUUUUGUUAGAAAUGCGAAUCAAAACAUGGUAGGGACAAGGUUUUGUUUAUUUUUAUUCAAAUGUAAGCUAGAAUUGUAGCAAAAUAGCGAAAUCAAUAAUUAAAUAAAUAAUUUUCGAUCCUCGUAACCGCCAACACAUAAAUGUAAAAGUUGAUCUAAAAACAUACAUAAAUAACGCAUGAAGAUGUUAAGAUAAGCUCCCUCAGUAGUAUAACACAUAGGACAACAGCUGUUCUCCAAAUUAAAGCAAACAUUCAAAAUAUACUAAACUACCGUGAAGGAUUAACUGCAACAAAUGAUAAAAUGUGAGCGCAUAUUAAAUGAACCAAACAGGACGGAAAUGAUAAUGACACUAUAUACUAACAA